CUUCCGUUCCAGGUGACUCCCAUUUCCACUCGUCUUGACAGCAGUGGAGCUCCGAGCUGGUUAGUGUGCAGAGACUGACGCAGCAGCAUCUAGAAACAGAUAGCGGUCGGUGGGAAUCGGGUGUGAGUCUCUCUCUCUGUGUGUGUGUGUGUGUGUCUGUAUCUAUCUUAAGCCUCGUUUCUUUAAAAGUGAUUCAGUAUUUGCAAUGAAGAAAUUAAAAAGGCCCACAUCCUGACGUCCGCGUUGUGGUCAAUGACGGCUCUGUCUUGGCGUUGGUGACUGACAUGGACGCUUGUGACAAUAAGGAUGUGAAGCUUUCAGCCGAAGUGGAACCGUUCAUCCCACAGAAGAAAGGUCUCGAAGGAUCCUUAGUCAGCAUGAGUCUUUCUGGCGAGGCAGGAGGAGGAGGAGGAGGGGGUGGUGGGGUGGAAACCACUCCCAUACCCAGCUACCUCAUCACCUGCUACCCUUUCGUCCAAGAGAACCAACCCAACAGGCAACAUCCUAUGUAUAAUGGAGGGGAGCUGCGCUGGCAGCAGCCUAACCCUAGCCCUGGUGGUUCAUACCUGGCCUACCCCAUCUUGUCGUCCCCCCAGCCUCCUGUCUCCAAUGACUAUGCUUACUACCAGAUUAUGCCUGCUCCGUGCCCACCUGUGAUGGGCUUCUACCAGCCCUUCCCUGGCACCUAUGCAGGUCCUGUGCAAGCUGGAGUGGUCAACCCUGUCUCAGCAGACGUCAGUGAAAGACCUCUGCCUCUGGGGCCAGCAUAUGGGAUGGCCAGUCAGAGGGGGAGAGGCAUGGUCCGACCUAAUGUUAUCCCAAAGCAACAGUUGGGUGUCUGCCAGCCUCCAAGGGGCCGCCGGCCUCCAACAAGGAGUGUAGCUGUGCAGAAGGAGGUAUGCACCUUGGGGCCUGAUGGUAGGACCAAGACAGUCAUGCUGGUGGAUGCAGCACAGCAAACCGAUUUCCCAGGUGAGGUGUCAGGGCGUAGUGCUGCUGAGCGGGCAAGUCCCCUGCUGUGGAAGAACCGAACAAAGAGAAGACGCGCGUCCCAUCCAGGUGAAAUCUACAACGAGCAGGGCGCUAGUGAAGCAGAUAUAGACAGUGACAGUGGUUACUGUAGCCCCAAACACAACCAGGCAGCAGGGACACAACGAACAGCAGAGAAUGCAGCAGCACCCACAGGAGUAGAAGCUGGUGUAAUGACAGCAGGUACCUGGGUAAAUGUAGCCUCACAGGCUACCCAGAAGUCCUGGGGGGACAGGAAUGGCCAGUUUCACAGAGCAGACCAGAGGAAGAAUCCUGAACAGAGAAACUUCUCCCAGGAUUUCCACAGUGGCUAUCCAGGACGUGUGCCGCCCAACCAGACAGAACAAAGGCUACAGGCAGCAGUGGUCACUGGCACUGAGCUCACCCCAGAGCCCCUCUACUUUGAGGAUGAAGAUGAGUUCCCGGAUCUGGCUACUGGAGGGGCUGCCCAACGCAGCACCAAACCAGAAUCUGCUCCAGCCCAGACACACACGCAACCUAAACUGCCUAAAAACCUGCUGGAUAAUCUACCAGAGAACUCUCCUAUCAACAUUGUGCAAACACCCAUCCCCAUUACGACCUCUGUUCCCAAGAGGGCCAAGAGUCAGAGGAAGAAGGCUCUGGCUGCUGCCUUGGCCACUGCACAGGAGUACUCUGAAAUCAGCAUGGAACAAAAGAAAUUACAGGAGGCAUUCACCAAAGCAGCCGGGAAGAAGAGUAAAACCUCUGUUGAGCUGGACCUUGGAGAUAUGCUGGCAGCCUUGGAGAAACAACAGCAGGCUAUGAAGGCCAGACAGCUCACUAAUACCAAGCCACUGUCUUUCACAGUUGGAACAACUACUCCAUUCCAUGGUUCAGGCUCAACCAGCGUGCCGUCGAUGUUGAAGGGUCACCAGCAGCCAUAUUCAGCCCCACAUAAUUCCCUGGAUUCCACUGCACCACGUAUCAAGAGAGGGAAGGAGAGAGAGAUCCCCAAAGUGAAACGGCCAACAGCCCUUAAGAAGAUUAUCUUGAAGGAACGUGAAGGGAAGAAAGGAAAGACGAGUAUAGAACAAGAGUCUUCAGGCCAGGAGGAGCAUGGGGAGGAGUGUUUACAUUUUACUGAUGAUCUUCCACGAGAGCCUGCCUCCCAAGAAGACAACGGUUUGAGCGUACCCAGUGAUGCCUCCCUUUCCCCGGCCAGUCAGAACUCUCCAUAUAGCAUCACCCCAGUAUCCCAAGGUUCCCCUGCCAGCUCUGGCAUUGGGAGCCCCAUGGCCUCAAACGCCAUCACCAAGAUCCACAGCCGACGUUUCAGAGAGUACUGUAAUCAAGUGCUGAGCAAGGAGAUCGACGAGAGCGUGACUCUGCUGUUGCAGGAACUGGUUCGCUUCCAGGAGCGGGUCUACCAGAAAGAUCCUACCAAGGCCAAAUCCAAACGCCGCCUGGUCAUGGGUCUCAGAGAGGUCACCAAGCACAUGAAGCUGCAUAAAAUUAAGUGUGUCAUCAUCUCUCCCAACUGUGAGAAGAUCCAGGCCAAAGGUGGUCUGGAUGAAGCUUUAUACAAUGUAAUCGCCAUGGCUAGGGAGCAGGAGAUCCCAUUUGUGUUUGCCUUGGGCAGAAAAGCUCUGGGACGCUGCGUCAACAAACUAGUGCCUGUUAGUGUGGUUGGCAUUUUCAACUAUUCUGGAGCCGAGGAUCUCUUCAACCGUUUAGUGUCUCUGACAGAAGAGGCUAGGAAGGCCUACAAGGACAUGGUGUCGGCUCUGGAGCAAGAGCAGGCUGAGGAGGCUCUGAAAAAUGAUAAGAAAGUCCCAUACCAAAUGGGGCAUUACCGCAACCACUCUGCUGCUUCUGCUAUCUCCUUUUGCUCAAUCUUCUCUGAGCCCAUCUCAGAGGUCAAUGAAAAGGAGUAUGAGACCAACUGGAGGAGUAUGGUGGAGACUUCAGAUUCCCUGGAGCCUGUAGAGGCUGAACCAAGCCGCCCUGCACCUUCUACAGCCACCCAGAGAGACAGUGACGCCCUGACAGCUACCCCCAACGCAACCCCAUCUUGCUCCUCUGCUCCUCAGCCCAGACCAGCGCCUCUGACACAGGGUACCAGUGAGAGAGACGAGGUCCGUGUUGACGACCGGCUGGAGCUCGCCUCUCAGCAGAGCACAGAGACAGGCUCAUUGGAUGGGAGCUGUAGGGGGCCACUGAACUCCUCCAUCACCUCAACCACUUCCACCCUGGUCCCCGGGAUGUUGGAGGAGGCAGAGGAGGAGGAGGAAGAGGAGGAGGAGGACUACACUCCUGAACCUAUUUCAGUGGAGGUACCCACCCUCAGCAGUCGCAUCGAAUCCUGGGUGUCGAAGACUCUGGAAAACCUGCAGCUGGGAAAGAGCCAGGAAAGUACGGAGGAGGAGGAGGAGGAGGAGGAGGAAGAGGAAGAGGACGAAGAGGAGAGAGGGCAGAGUGAGGACGAGGAGGACCUCGAUUCAGCAGACAUCACAGAGACAGUGAUUGAGGGAAAAGAGCAAUUGGAGGCAAAGAAGGUCACCGGUUGAUGUCACCUCUCUUCCUCUGUACAUACACUCAUUCCCUCUGUCCUCGGUUGCACACACACAUCCCUCUUCACAACAGCCAGCAGUUUAUCUCCUUUGUCUCUAACCCCUGACACCAGACAUAAUCUCAGGUAUCCAACCAACUGACCAACACUCACAGACACACACCAUUAACACCACACACAGAAACUGACCAACUUACAAACACACAGGGUCACAGACCAAAAGACAACUAACAAAGUUUGAGGGUUUAGUAAUUGACACCAACACUUAUCGUGUAAUUUAAAAGGAUGCCCUCACUUCUUCUGCCCAUAACCUGCUACACUUGAAUUUAGAGGGAAGUUUUUGAUUUUCCUCCUCCGAAGCUGAACUCGAUUAGAGUCAGGGACGUUUCUGGGAGCAAGUGAUGAGCGCUGAAACAAUGUUGAACUGCUGUCUGUAGCUCACAGAGAAGGAAGGUUGGAACCUUUCAGCUCCCAUCUUACGUUAUACAGAGCUCAGAAGGUUUACCGCUCUGCAAGUAUUUCUGUGCUUGUGUGUGUGUGUUUUACAGGCACAUAGUUUGCAUUUAUUUUGCUGUGUUCAUUAGCUUUAUAUUUGUAAAUAAUGUGUGUGUGUGUGUGUGUGUGUGUGUGUGAGAGGUUAUUUUUUUUUUUUCCACCUGACUGCUCCAUGUGGGAAGGAGAGACAUGCAUUUCUUAAUUACUUUUUGGUUGAUAUUUAGCUUUCCUCACAGAAUAUUACAGUGUCGGGGGUUCUGUCGUUCUACCAAAACCACUCCCACCCAUCAGUCUUCAGAGAGUGUUUUUUUUUAAUGUUCAAAUAAUAAGUGGCCCAUUCUGUAUUCAGAUGAUUCAAACGACUUAACUUCUAAGAAGCAAAACAAGCUUUGUGUAUAUAACCUUGUCUAUGUGGUUCUACUACAGUAUAUAAUGGUUUGUCAUAUUGAUCUUGCCUCGUGUGAAACUAUUUGGGGUUGUUUUCCUCUUGACUGGAAUUGUCUUGAGUUCCCAGAUGCUGUCUGUGCUUCAUAAAAAAAAAAAAAAAAAGUGCUCCUGUUUUGUUCUCUCUGGUGGUGUUUUGCUCCCUGAUGGGGAACCUCAAGCUGUCUCUUACUUGGUAAUGACCUAACACCGUUUUUAGAGGCACGUUUAUCAAAUGUACCAUCAACACUGAGAUUAUUUUUACGUUCUUCCAUCCAAGAUAUUUUAAUAAGCACGUAAACGCAGAACUUAGUUACUGUCAUCGUUUUCACCAGCAUUGACUUCCUUUUUAAAAAAAUGCCACUUAAAUCAAAUUCACCAAUAGGACAAGCAGGUGUUUACUGGUAUUUAUGAAGUUUAACAAUGCCCAAGUUUACAAAAAAAACAGACAUGGUUGUUUACAGCUGAAAAGAAUCCUUGUAGAGCUUUUCUAGAUUUUAUAGACAGAUUUUGUGGGGACCGAGCUGCAAUCAGUAGUCUGAUGUCAGUUCACCACAGCUGAGAAGCUCCCUCAUUGGGCAGAGUCACCACUGGAAGUCAAACAUGUCUUCACAAAGUCAUGCACAUACUAAUGAUAAUCCAUUGUAAAUACAAGUGUACAAAAGAGAUGUUGAUUUUGCAUUGUAUUAAAAAACAAAUACAAUCGUCCUGUUCUUAAAGCCAUUUGAUAGUUUUAACAUUUAAACAGUUGAAAUCCAAUUUGAUAGUGAAUCAUAGAGAGAUUUCAGCCAGUCGAUGCGGUGUGUAAAUGCAGUAUGUCGGGCUGUAUGCAAUGUGAAGCCCUGAGAUGGGAGAUGACAGUGUACUGGAUAUCAUACUUGGAAAUUAUGAAAGUAUUUCUAGUUUGAUAAAGGGUAUGCUGUGUGUAGGCUUUUUGUUGCUAUGACUUCCAUCAAAGUGUUUGAAGUAUGUUAAUUGACAACAAGUGUGUUUUUUGCACUAUGUAAAUACGUACUGGUAAAGGUCUUGUAACUAAUGUGAACAAAAAACAAAACUAAAAAACGGUUCAAUGAAGUACUUUUUUCAGCGUGUUCCUCAUCUUUAUAUGGAUAUUUAAGACCAUUUCCUUCAGACUGUACAUCACUAGCAACAUUGUUAGAGGCUGUUUCUCAUAAUCCUGUUAUCACUCUUAACCUAUAUGGACCGAUGAUUAACAUCAUUAAAAUGUUGUUUAUGUAAA